AUGCGUAGCGACGACGAAGAGGAGCACGACUUUGAAGAGGACGAGGAGGAUGACGAUGUAAGCUUCGCGAGCGAUGUUAAAGCUGACAGAGUAGGCGUUUCGCGACGCGACGACCGGAGAGGGGUAGAUCCAGAAGACCUCGACGGCGACGAUGACGAUGGAGACGGAGAGGACGAUGACGACGACGACGAUGAGGAAGAUGAUGACGACGACGAUGAUGACGAGGAGGACGGCGACGGGGAGGACGACGACGAUGUCGCCGCGACCGAUGCCAGCGUAGGCGGCUCUGUCGCCGUGCCCACCAGCUCCUUACCCGCCGUGCCGACACCAACACUCCCGACACCCUCACUACCCCCCGGUUCCGCGCCGCCCUCAGCCGAUGCUCCGCCAGAAGCCGAGAAAAACACAACGACAUCGGUCGACAUCAUUGCCCCUCAGCUCGCUCGGCGAUCACUUUUCGUGCCGCAAGCGACACGGCAAGGUAUUAGCAUCGAGGCCAUCGUCGGUAUCCCGAUUCCGAGUCCGGUACAUUGCAUCGCGUCUACGGCCUGUCUGUCCUAUCUAUUGACGGGAAGUCAGGACGGCUAUGUUCGCGCCUACGAUUUCUGGCCGUCUGUAAAUGGCGCGCAGAUUAUGACGGCCCAGCAGCGUGGUGUCGUUGGACUAGGAGAAGGUGUGAACAAGGCCGGCGUUGGACGGGGAUGGUGGGCUGUUGAGGUGCCAGAAGCGCAAGUUAACGCCUCCGGCUCUGGAACAGCAACAGGAAACGGCGGAGCGGCCGCGGGCAUAACGGGAUCGAAGAAACAGGAGCCCGUCUUCUCGUUAGCCUGCGAUCCGGACGGAUUAUGGAGCGCAGCCGGUACGCAGUCCGGUGACAUCAAUCUGUACUCCCUGCGGCAUAGCCCGGGGACACAAAUCACGAGUCUCAGAGGACACAAUAACGUUGUGUCUUGCCUGCAGCUCGUGGACGACACCAGCUUGCUGUCCGGAAGUUGGGACGGUGUCGUGAGGGAAUGGGACCUCAACACUGGACAGACGACACGGACGUAUCCCGGGCAUGGUGCGCAGAUCUCCGCUGUCUCUGUGCGCCCGCCAGUUGUCGCAGCUCCGGCUCCGAUAUCUGUCAACGUUGGCGAGGACUUCUUCAAGAAGGACCGCGAGGCGAAUGGCACCAACGGCACUGCUAAUGGAGCGAACGGCGGUGAUGGGGAUGUGGAGAUGAAGGACGCCAGUGACAAACCGGCCGAGCCACCAGCUGAGCCAGCAGCCGCGGACGGUGACGACAACAAGUCGAAUGCGUCGUACGAUCCCCUGUUCGAUGACGAUGCUGAGGGUGAGGAAGACGUGACUAUGGAUCCGGCCCCGGGACUCGGGUUAGCGCUGCCGGGCGCAAAGCCCGCGGCGUCACCCGCGCUGCCGACAUUGUCAACGCCAACACCAGCUCCGCCAUCGCAAUCUUCCCAGACUGGCCCUGCACUGCCUGGGCAGCCGUCGCAAAACCAGCCUUCGACGCCAUCGGCCCCUGGGUUGUUCUCCGCUGCCUCGGCUCGCGCGGCUGCGACAACGACGACGAACACGAAGGCGACACCAUCACUCUCCCCGGCAACGUAUCACUCGAUGUCACCAGAUAUCCUUCUGACAUCGAGCAUGGACGGCCAGAUCACGCUGAUCGACCGCCGCUCACCAUCGCUUGUGGGACGGUUGGGCGGCUCGAAGGCACCACCAUGGUGCAUGUCCGCAGUCUGGCAGGGCGAGCAGGUCCUCGCGGGCCGGAGAAACGGCACGAUCGACAUCUGGGACGUGCGGCGAGCGUCGCCGAGUGCGCCGUCACUGAUCAAGACACUGAAGACGCCUGCCGAGUCGGGUCCGAUCUCGUGUCUCGUCGCGUUCCCGGACGGAAAGCACGUCGCCUCCGCGUCCAACGACAACAUCCGUCUUUGGAACACGCUCGAGUACUUUGACGAGCAGCAGGAGACGAAGCGCAAGGGCGUGCCGUUCCGCAUCAUUGCGGGACAUCAUGGUGGUAUCAUCUCGGCCAUGAACCUCGACCCUACUGGCAACUUCCUCGUCACUGCUAGCGGGGAUCGAGGGUGGCAGGGCGAGAGCACAAAGGUGGUUCUCGUCCACGAGGUGAAGUGGUAG